AUGACAACUGAUGCGCGUAGGAGAUUACUUCAUGAUUUCAGAAAACUCAAAAAUGAUCCACAACAAGGUCUCUCAGCCUCACCAGAAUCAGAUAACAUCAUGUCUUGGAAUGCAGUAAUUUUUGGCCCAGAAGGUACAAGUUGGGAAGAUGGUGUUUUCAAACUUACAUUGAAGUUCACAGAAGAAUACCCACAUGUUCCUCCAUCAGUUAAAUUCACAACCCCAAUUUUCCAUCCCAACGUUUACCGAAACGGCUCAAUCUGUCUUGAUAUCCUUCAAAACAACUGGAGUCCAGCAUAUGAUAUCUCGGCAGUUUUGACCUCAAUUCAGUCAUUACUUACAGAUCCAAAUCCAAAUUCACCAGCUAACGCAGAGGCUGCCCAGCUAUAUAAAGAAAACAGACCAGAAUACAUUCAUCGUGUUAGACAGUGUGUUGAAGAUUCAUGGACUCAGUAA